ACGCCCCGGCGGCCGUCAGUCGCGAGCCGGUCGAAGUGUCCGCCGUACCUCCGUGCUGCCCUCCCCGACGCCGACGAGGAGCAGGAGGUCAAGGAGUAGUGUCGGGCCCGCGAGUGCGUGCGAGUGCGUGUGGUGCGCGGGGCAUGCGCGCGGCCUGCUGAGGCCCUGCAGAGGUGCAGUGCACUGUGCAGUAGCCGGGCGCAUCCCUCACGAUGCAGCCCUCCGACCUGGUGGUCGCCGUGCUGGCGCUGGCCCUCGUCGCCCUGCUGCUCAAGCAGACCGACGCCGCCUCCGCGUUCCCGCCCGAGGUCAAGACCUACACCGAGAAGGAGGCGAGGAAGUUCCUCAAGAACCUCAACCUCGAGUGGGCCAAAAAGACCAACGCCUACUACCUCGCCAAAUGGGACUACGAGACGGACAUCUCGCGCAGGACGUUAGGCCAGGAGCUCAAAGUGUCCUUCGAAGUGGCUAAAUUCCAGAAGCAACAACGGAAGGAAGCGGUGAAGUACCCUCGAGAGAAAUUUGCUGAUAAGGACAUCAAACGGCAGUUGGGCAUGUACUCGAAGCUUGGAGCACCCGGUCUCCCGGACGACAAGUAUGUCACAUUCCAGAACGCAGCAUCCGACUUGGCGGUGGCGCGAAGGUGCAACAGAGAUUUUGCGUGCAAACCUUACGAGGGAAAGCAGCCUGACGACGAGUACAGAGAGAAACUGCACUGUUGGCUUCGCUUCCGCUACGGAAAGAACAGCACUGACACGUUCCACCAGCUGGUGGAGCUCGCGCAGCAGGCCGCCUCUCUGGACAACUACACGGACUUCACGCGAUACAUGCUGAGGAACUACGAGCAAGACGACCUGCUGGACAAGAUGAAGCUGCUGGUGGACGGCGUGCACCCGCUGUACAAGCAGCUGACGGCGUACUGCCGCCACCGGCUGCGCCAGCACUACGGCCCCAACAGCGCCCCCAACGGCGGCUUCAUCCCGGAUCACCUCAUCGACGACCCCCUGUGCAAGACGGACCCCGUCCCGCGCAAGCCGCUCGACUUCCCGGGAGCCCUCCGGGCCAAGGGCUUCACGGUGAGAAAAAUUUUCUUCCUCCCCGACGAGUUCUACCGGUCACUCAACAUGACUGGGGUGCCGGACGCCGUCUGGGACAAGUCGAUCCUGGAGUCGGACGCCAACAAGACCAUGAGCUGCAAGCCCGUCGCGCAGGACUUCCUGGACAACAAAGACUACCGUAUUCGUGUGUGCGGCACUGUGUGCGAAAAGACUCUCUUCGCCGCGUCCUCGCUCGUCACCGGCGUCGUGUACGGCAUGGAGAUGCGCUCCCAGCCCAGCGUGUACCGCCAGACCAUGAACGAUGCGUUUGUGGAGGGCAUCGGCGGGCUCGUGGCGCUGUCGGCAGGAAAUAGAGGGCGUUGAGCAGCCCCUGGAUCGGUCGUGGCGCGACUUCGACGCGGCCAACCUCGACCUUCUCAUGGACCCGGUCGGCACACCUUUCAAGACGACGUUCGGGACCAUCCUGGCCUUCCAGAUGCACCGCCAGCUUUGCAUCAUGGCUGGUCUGUUCGACGCCGAGGACCCGACACGCCUCCCACUGCACCGCUGCAACCUCCUGAACCAGCCUGUCGUCAGCAACCUGCUCAAGAAAAUGAUGCAGGUCGGGGGUUCAAAGCCCUGGCAAGAAGUCCUGGAGCAGACCAUCGGCACCAAGGAGUUGGAUCCCUCGGCAGCCACGACCUACUUCCAGCCGCUGCACAAGUUCCUCGAGGACCACAAUGUUCGCACGGGGGAGAUUGUGGCCUGGGGGAAGAGUCAGAAGGAGUGCGGUCUUCCCCGGUACAAGCUGAUGGAGAAGGACGCGGACGGCGCCGCCAGGGGUGUGCCUGUCCCUACAUUAUGUUUACAACAAUGUGUUGAAGAAGUUGUGCACGGGAAAGUUGAUAGUGGAAUUUGUAGCACAUAA